CUGAUAGGCAGCGCGGAUUCGAACUUCCGACCACAGCCAGGCCUCGACUCGGGACCCGAGAUGAAAAGCAUGUCUUCGCCGUCCUGAACGAGAGAGCCAUCAUACGCCCUCGCUGCUGCGGACGCCGGUGACGCCCCCGGCGAGCACGCUGCCCCAUGCAAUACCAGUGUUUCUGCGCGCCAUCUGGCAGGAUCAGCUGCCCUCCUGCCCCGUUAUCUGACGCGAAUGAAUGGCUCAGGAGGAUCAGGGACGUAUGCGCGCAGUCACCCGCAGUCAUGAUCAUUGUGUGAUGCGGCGGUAUGGGUGGUUUAUAGGGCAGACAAAUCGACGAGCGCUCGAUCCCCCCUGACGGUGCUCUCGUCUCCUCGUCCUCGACGCAUCUCGGCUGAAGUGCCCUCUUUCUCCUCUCCACGAUGAUCAUCACUGAAGACGGGCCGACGUCGCCUCUGAAGACGCCCACGACGAGCCAGGGACAGUCGAGCAUCAGCGACGAUGAGUCAGAUAGCCUUCCUCCCCCCUCGUACUAUGGCAGCAUGAGCGAUCGCAUGCUCUCCUCCGGACCCCGUCCGCCGUGGUCCUCAGGAUCGAGCGCACCAUAUUCGACGCGAUCGAGCGCGCCGUAUUCCUCGGGAUCGAGCGCACCAUGGACUCCCCCGCCCUCCUGGCAGCAUGCCCUCCAUACUUCCUCCGAGCAGCUGCCUACACACUAUACGCCGGAUCACCCGCCAUCCCCCACCAAGCCUGACGACUAUGGCAAACGCGCUACGCGACGCUUCUGGCGCUCCCUUGGUGCUGCAGUCCUCAUCUGGAUCCUAUUAUCCAUCCUGGUCGACAGCCUCAUCGCCAUCCUACGAUCGAGAAGCCACGGCUCCUGGCAAGACCAUGUCAUUCUCCCCGGGAUCGACCUCGAACGAUGCAGCGGCAUCGAGUGGAAGACAGUCGAGCGCCCAACAUACCCCUAUUCACCCUUCUCCGACAUCCAUGCCACCCUGAACAUCACUUCCGAGGACUACACCGCGUCCGAUCUGCAUGUCGCCGAUUACUCAUACGAGGCUACCGGCUCGCUUGACCUCGACCUUACCGACGAGACCCUCAUGCUGCUCGCGCAGGGCUCGCAUCAAAGCGGUCGACUUCACGUUACCACGCACACGAAGUCCAACCGGCGCGCAUACGCGAUCGUAACUGUGAAGUACACAUCCGCGGCCGCCUUGGCUCAGAUGCACUUAUGCAAGUUGUCAUCAAAGGGCGUCCAAGGAUUUGGGAUCCAUACGCCCGACUCCUUCCCGCGCUUGAAUCGCCCUGAGAUCUUCAUCGACAUCAAGCUAUCCUUACCCGCGGGCUACAUCUCCAGGAUCGCUGGCCUUCAGACCAUCCUUCCCAACUACAGCCAGUACAUCGCGGACCUGGGCAAAGAUGUGCGCUUCCAGCAUGUAGCGCUGAAUAGCACACUAGGGCCUGUUCACGCGGAGGCUCUCGUCGCGGACACGCUCAUCGUCGGCACCUCGAAUGCGCCAAUAACCGGAGUAUUCAAUGCGACUAAAGACUUGGGGCUGAUCACCUCGAACGCUCCCAUCGAGGUGGAACUGGGCCUCACGCACGCCGACAAGUCCUCUGAGGGGACCUCAGCGGUCCUCCACAGCAGCAAUGGCUACAUCACCGCUAGGAGUCACCUCUUGAACCCCUCGUCCUCGAAGGAGCCGCAUUACAGCGUCGUCGCCACCACUACCAACAAAUAUGUCAAUCUCUUCUUCCCCACCUCACCCCUCGACGCUCUCCUCUCCGCGCACGCAGUCACGUCCAAUGGGGCCGCGCAGGUCUCGGUGAACCCCGCGUUUGAGGGCGACUUCAUGCUGCACACGUCGAACUCGCGUGCCGUUGUGGACGAGUCCGGUGCGGAGGACCCGACCGGACGAGGGAGGGAAAGGACGGUGUGGGUGGAUCACGCGAAGGGUGGGCGGUCGUUGGAUUCUGAGAGCGCAGGGACGGUGACGUGGGGCGAUCGGAGGAAGAGGACGGGGAGCGAGGUAACCGUGGUAUCGUCGAAUGGGAGGGUGGCGUUGGUGGUGUGAGAGGGCGGACAUGUUCUCACAUCAUCUGCAUGGUUCACAUCCUGACCCCCGCGCGCCGCUCGAGAGCUCUGGGAUGUUAUCUCGCGGGGCCGACGCUCCGCAAGGCAAGCUGCUGGCCGCGGGAGACUAGGAUGCUUCCGCUGUGGGCGCGCCACACGACAUAAAGUCUUCUGACGCCGCCGAGACCCUCUUCCUGCCUGCUAAUCUCCGUGUUCAUCACGAACCGCGGCGAGUGGACGCAAUCUUGCAUUCAGUUGUUGUACCAUAGCUUUCUUUCUUGUAUUCUUCCGUAUGUAUGUCGAGGAGACAAGGGUGUAUUGUACCGAGAAACACUCGAAGAUUUGCUGAAUUCACCGAAGUUGAAC